UAAUACUAGAAUUCAAAUUUUGUAAAUUGUUUUAGGUCUUAUUACGUACAAUUAUUGUUAAAUCUUGAGAAAAAUGUGUACUUUAGUUUGGGCAAAGUAACGCUUUUUAUGUCUUUACGAUCCGCAACAUUUGCUGACUUACUACCACAGAAACUAAAGUGUAACGUACACAAAAUGAAAAUGAAUAUUCGAUUUUGGGAGUGAAAGUUAAGUUAAGUAUUUCAUCAAGAUUUCUGAACAUAAAUUUGGCUGUAAUACCUUACAAGAUGUAUUUUUGAAUCGAAUUGAACCACGCAGCGAAAUGUGAUUUAUACAAUAUAAGUUAGACUUGCUGAUGUAAUUUUUUGCGCGAGAGUUUGAAAUGUCCGAGCACCAUUAUUCACACAUACCUCCUCCUGUGUAUGGUCAUUUAGGAAAUGAUCAGAAUAAGCAGAGAAGUGAUUUUUCCGGAUUAUCAAGCUCGGCUAACCAAUUAUGGUCAGCGGGUCCUCCUAAUGAAUUUGGAAAUCGGAAAGAAUAUAUGGAAACUCAAUUAACCGAAGAAAACUACAAUAGUUGUGACUUGGAUUCUAAUGCAAAUCAAAACGAUGUUAUAGAUGAUGAGCCAUACCCACCUCCUGGAUUGAGAAGAUUAGUUACCGGCCAAACAGUAUCAUUUGACGAUGGUCCAGGUUCACCUCCAUUCGAUCGGGUUGUUCCUGGCGAAGGAAACGCUUUCAGUAAUUACCCCCAACCUGCGAGAAUGUCCAAGCCAGCAGCUGAUCCUUAUCCGGAAAAUAUUGCCAUUUCUGAACGAUAUGUUUCUGGUAGUACAACGAAAGAUUAUAGCUCAUUGCCUCAUCAACCGUUCGUAGCGCAGCCACCCAAAAAAGAUACUUUGAAUGCGUACAAUAAUAGUGCGUUUGCUGGUGUUCAACCGCCGAAAAAAGAUACUAUAAAUAUGAGCAGUAAUGAUAUAUCUACUCAAGAUUUUUUCGACUCAUAUUUACAAGAUAGUAACUCAGCGCACGAUGAGAGUACCUCCAAACCUAACCAGUGCUCGAAGAAGUUCCCGAACUUGCCCGGUGGUUUUCAUAAUAAUGAAGCUAGCAAAAGAGGAAAUUAUUUUCAACCUGAAAAACCCGUUAAUGCGCCGAAACCUUUGCAGAAUAAUUUCAACGAUGAUUUCAAUAACGAGAAUUUGAAUUCACCUUUUCCGAUGAAUUUACAAACUCGUGCUAACCACUUACAACCGGAUGGUAAAGUCUUAAAACCGUUAGACCACAGUCAAAGUACCAACCUUGAAAAACCUUUGGAUGCAUAUCUUUCCGUCAGACGACCAUCUGUGGAAAAUUUCACUCAAGAACAUCCUUCUGCCGUCACCGGCUACGGUAUUCCUUAUAAUCAGCAAGUUAAUUCGCAAAACUACAAUGCUUCUUUUCAAACUUACGAAUCUAAUCCUCUGGAGGAAAAUAAUGCACAUUUCAACCAUACCGAACAAUCAGCGAUCAGAGGUAAUCAAGAAGAUGGUUUUGGAAAUCGAGAUGUUGCGAAAAAGGAUUCCGCUCAUCAUGAUGGAAAUUUCUCGGAUCAUCGUGAACUCGCAAAUGUCACUUUAGAAGCUUCACUUAUAGUCGACGUCAAUAAAGAAUCAAAUUUGAAGUCACCUUAUCGCAAGAAUUCCAUUGUUGGUGGAGAGGAUCGAGCUGAUUAUGAUGGGGUUUCGUUAGAAAGGGGCAAGGUGCCUGGCGCUCAGAGUACUCCCAAUGAUAGUCAAAACCAAUCAAUGCGUUCGUUUCAAAAUUCGAACAAUUCUAAUUAUAAUAAUUCGAAUAUUUUCAAAACUAUCGAAGAUGAUGGUGAAAGAGAAGAGAUUGUCCAAGGUACCGAUAGCGAUGAGAAAUCUUUAGGCCGUCGAAUGGUGUUAGGUUAUAAUAGUAACACGAUACCAGGACCACGGUCCGGUUCCCGAAAAAUGCUUCCAGAUUCGAAAGUGAACACGCAGUAUCAAUUUGAUUCGUCAUUUAGUAAAUCGAAUAAAAUUGAACCUUUGGAACAUCGUAUGGUUGUGGGUGAAGGAGGAAAUAUCCCGAGUAAGAGUAAAAAUCCAUCUGGACCGCGUUACAGCAGAGAUCGUAAGAAACAACUUUACGAUCGGAUAGAGCACCACAACGUAGAUAGUGACGACGAAGACUAUGAAGAAUUCGGUGAUCGAACAUACGAUAACAGUCCUGAUCGAGAAUCACGCAGUUACCAUGACAAGUAUUAUCGAAAUAGUCCGCCGCAUCGUAGUGAUAAACGUUCUUAUAGAAGAACUCGAGAUAGCUUUACACAAUCGCAAGACGAAUCUUAUUUCGAUGAUGACGAUGAUGAUGAUUAUACUUAUAGGAAUCAGCGUAAAUAUUACGGAAGACGAUACCCUAGAGAACCGGUUUACAAACAUUAUGAGCACGAUCCACGCUAUCGCGAUGAAAGGCGAUACCCUAGAGAACCGUUGUACAAACAUUAUGAGCACGAUCCACGCUAUCGCGAUGAAAGAAAUUCAAGACCAUCUAGCAGAUCUGGUUCGGAAUAUCGGCGUGAAUUUGUCGACUAUGUGAAUCCAAGAUUUUACAACAGGCUGCCGUAUUACGAGCAUCUCGAUCAUCGUUACAUUGUUAAUUACGGUGGUGAACCUAGAUUAAGUAAGAAAGAAACGGACUACUGGUCGAAAAUACGUGAAAUAGAUCCUCAAAAAUACAUGAAUUGGUUCAAAGUAACCUUCGUUCAAGAAUAUAAAGAAUGGUAUUUGAAAUACGUCAGUGCGAAAAUGGUCCAGCCUGGAAAUACAUAUCAAGCUGAUAGACGUGGCAGCGGUCAUUCUGGCCAAAGUUCAGUUAAUAAUGAUAUUACCGCGAAUGACGAUGGAUCAUUGGAUAUUAGUAGAGAACAGUCUUUGUUCAAACCGGUUGAAUCAGACUUGAAUUUGACGCAAGAAAUACGAUGUACACCGAUGAAAUUCUCUAUACCUCAUGCCAAAGGUAAAUUUAGUUCGCUUAACCAAUUGCUGAUGAUCAAUCCGUGUUCGCCUCGAGAUGGUCAACGAGCCAAUAUAGAUUUUGGGCGUGUUUUAUCCGUUGAACAAGAUGUUGAUUAUAUCGAAUUUUUGAAAUUUAGUGGACCUUGCAUAGUCGGAGAAACACAUGUGAACACCGUUUCGAAUUAUUUGAGAAAUCUCAUCAACAACGCGUCCGAUCCUUCAGAACAACUGCUGUAUCAGUUGAUUGAUCUCAUCAUAAAACUCAGAGGGGUAACUGACGAAGUCGCUAUAUCCGAAUUACUGACGGACAAUUACCGCAAAAGUCAAAUCGCCAACGUUAUGCCUUCUGAGGAAGAAAUGAAAUUAGCUGCUAAUAAUCAUCAAUCGUUAUCGGAAACGGAAUUAAUUGAAAAGUUUUACAAUCUUUAUUUCCAAGGAAAUAGAAAUGAAGCUUUAGAUCUGGCUCUCAGUAACCAAAUGUGGGGCCAAGCUAUGAUUGCUGGAUUCACGAUGGGUCCGAAAUACCACAGCAGAGUGCUGAAUGAAUUCUUUAAUAUUCCGAUCAAUAGUCCGUUGAAGACGGCUUAUCAAUUUUAUUCGAAGCAAAUUCCACAAGUUGCAAUGAUUUGUUCCGAUGAAAAAUGGAACGAUUGGAGAAUCCAUUUGGCGGUAAUGUUGAGUUACCCUACCCCUGAUCCAGAAUUUAAUAAACAAGCUAUUAUAACUUUGGGAGAUUCAUUAAGCCAUAAGGAUAUAUUCGCGUCACAUUUUUGUUAUCUGGCUGCUCAAGCGGAUUUCGGUCCACCGACGAAACAGUCGACAAAAUACACGUUAUUGACGCUGCGAAACUGUGCCGAUAAUUUCGAUAACUAUCCGCCUACUCGCGCUAUAUUACUUACGGAAAUAUACGAGUUUGCCAAACGGCUGCAACGGAAAAAGUUCACCAUUGGUUCAUUAUUGCCUUAUAAAUUGUUGCUGGCAGUUCGCUUAAUCAGCCAUAGAAAUUUUUCGGUCGCUUUACAAUAUUUAGAAUCGAUGGCGUUGGAUAUAAUAGAAAAUCCUAAUGAUUACGAUCAAAGUCAAAUUAACGACGUCGUUGAAUUAUCAGAAAAAGUCAAGUAUUCCGAUGGGAAAUUUUUAAACGCAUCGGAUUUAUGUGACGAAAAACAAUGGCUGAUUGAUUUACGCCGAAUAGCAAAUCUUGACUACAAUGAGAGGUUUUCGGGCGUGCCUCAAUUGAAUGAACAUUCAUCUUAUCCUGAGGAUCAAUCUUUUUCUCAUCAUCAACUACAACAGCAACAACAACCACAUCAGCAGCAGCACACAGCAGGCCAACAACCGUCAUGUAAUCAGCCGCAGUCAUUUACACCAAAUGAAGUACAACAACCUGUCUUUUUUAAUCCAUCGUUACCCAUUAAUCCGCCGAUGUCCCUACCUCCCAGUUUUCCUCCAGUUAGUAAACAACCUUCGGAGAGACGUCCGAGUCAGCCCUGGGAAAGUGAAUUUCAUAGCCACGAACUUAUAAACUAUGCUGUACCAGAUCCAUAUAAAAGUGUUGCUUCAAAUAAUAACGAAUAUUUCGAGCCAAAUGAUAGUAAUACGCAAUUAAAUAAUCAGUUCGAUCAGUCCGAUGCCCUUACUAAUGAACAACAAAGUUACUGGGACACAUCGCCACAAACGGUUACCAUGCAUUCGAAAUCCAAGUUCCCUUAUUUCCCAGAAGAGGAUAAAAAACCCAUUUCGAACAAAAAGUUGAAUAAUUUGACUCAAGAUGCUUCUCAAAACAUUCGAGAGAAUAAUCAGCCAACGAAUAAAAAUAUCGAUAAAAAUACCAAGAAGGAGAAUAAAAACGAAAAUAGCAAAAAUGGUGGCGGUUGGUUGGAAGGUAUUUUUGGCAAACUGAGCCUUCGAGCGAAAACCGAAAUGAAACUCCCUGAUGAUAAGAAUCCAUCAAUCGUAUGGAAUGAAGAAAAAAAGAAAUGGGUUGAUGUUAACGGCGAUGACGAGGACGAUAUUAGUAAAAUACCACCCCCUCCCAGAGCUUCGGGAGUGCCGAACGUACAACCUCAGUUGGCACCAAAUCAAUUACCAAGGUCUAAUGGUGCACCAAGUAUGUCGCAACUUCAUGCCGAUCCUAAUAAGCCUCCUGUACAGUCCUCCGGAACGAAUAUGUAUAAAUUACCCAGAGGCAAAAGUAUGAAAAUGAAUUAUGUCAAUGUAUUAUCUCAAAGCACGACUCCAUCUAACAAUGUUCCUCCACCGGGCCCAGCAAUGGAUGGGUAUUCUCAAAUGCCUUCUAAUAUGAAUUUCUUUGCUCCCUCGUCUGAUGGCGUUUCUAAUCAUGUAUCCGGAGAUCCGGGUUCCAACUCUAAAUUACCCGAAAAUCCUCAAAUUCGCAAUUCUAAUCCAGAAAUGCCAAUGUUUUAUAAUCCUGCUCAAUAUACGAGUAAUUCGUAAAUAUUUAUCAAAGAUUUUCAUUUGAUUUCACGUAUCGUCCGUCAAUGAAAACAUGUGACAGAAAAGCUGAAAAUUGUAAUCAUUUGAUUUUCUAUCAUUCUUACUUUCACUGAGCGAGUCUUAAUGUUUAUAAAAGUACGUAUAUAGGUAAUGAUGAUUUUUUUUCGUUUGUGUAGAUAAUGCGAAACCCAAAAAUUUACUGCGCAAUUUCGUUCGUAAAAUUAAUGAUUAUAAAAUUCAUAAAAAGAUAAUCUUUGCAUCAUAAUUUUUUUUUAAUUCUAAAAAAAAAUUAAAAAUAAGAUUCGAUAGUUAAUCUUGAUACGUUAUAAGCGUUGGUCAUCUUAAUUCUUUCAAAGUGUAUUACGUUAUGUCGAAGAAGAAAUAUUGACCCCGAUUUUGUAUUCAAUUUGAUGAGCUUUAAUUUUAAUUGGACGCUGUUCGUGAUUAAAAAUGAUAUUUUUAAAGGUAUUUUAUGCAAUUCGUCGUUUUUUUUCUUUUUUUGCAAUGCCUAAAUAUGUAGUUAACUAGUAGUUACCUUAAUGUUUCAACGGAUCGUUUUUGCUUUUCAUUGCCCAAUUCUUUGUUUUAUAAUUCAAAAACUUUAAUACGUUAUCGUGUGCCAUUUCGGAAAUUCGCAUAUGAAAAACAUAGUUACACCUGUUAUUCAUCAAUGAUUUAUUUCAAAGAGAACUCGUCAAUUUUUCUGAAGUUUCAUAUUUUGAUGUGCGAAAAACGCUAUAAUUUCUAUGUAGGUACCUAAGUUGCUUAAAAUGCGAGAAAUAGAAAGAUGAAAUGCAUGUAAAUUGUUUAAUAAAAUUCGAUUCGCGUGCAUUUGAAUGUAUUGUAUUUAUACUGAAUGUGGAUCUAUGUUUUUUAUGAGAGCAUAUCCAAUUUGUGAUUUUUGUUUCGAUAUGGUUAGCUUGUAUCGAAAAUUUGUUUGAUUGCGGUCAUGUUAUAUGUAUUAUUUCUGUUGAGAUUGAUAUUCUAAAUAAUCCGUAUUUAAAUUUUAAACUUAUGGUGUUGUGGGUCAUUAUAUGUCUGUAAUAAAAAUUGUACAUUUGUAUUUUGUUCGUGAAUAAAUUGUUACUUCGGGUAGAAAUAUACGCGAAUGUGUACUUCA